UAGCUGUGCUGUUAGGCGCAUUUCUUGUUUACAGCCGGUUAAAUUUUAUAAAUAUUGCUUUGUUUUAAUAAAUAGUCGAGGAAUUUAAGCUAUCACACAUGGACGCGUCGCCAGGAAGUUCCUCCGCCCUGAACACAGACGACGAGCAAACUGCCCUGAUUUCCCCCACUGUGGUGGCCGGCUUAAAAAACCUGGGUGCCAUCAUUUCGCUGCCACUCACCAAACUGCUCAUUGCCAAUUCCUUGAAACUGACGCUCCAUCCAGAUGCCACCAUUGCUCCCGUGCCCGAGCUGUAUGCCAAGAAUGCCGCCUGCGCCAAACAGAGCGAGUACGCGGUGGUCACCCUCUUCGCCCUGGGCACCAAGCACGGCUGGGAUGGCCUCCAACUGCGCCAGCAGCUGGAGCAACUCAACCUCGAUGGAGCUGCCGUGGACGAGCUGAGUCGCGUUUACGAGGACAGCCGCAAGGAUUUGAUUCUCCGCCAACUGCAGAUAGGCCAUAGUUUUCCGCACAUUACCGACAUCCAGUGGCGCAUCGUGUGCGACGUGAAGUCCUCCACCUCUGACUGCAGCACGGGCGCGGCCUGCUUCCACAUCAAUCUGGGCCACUUUCGGCAGAGCAGCGGCGAGCGGGUGACCAUCGUUGAGUUUGUCUGCAACGCCGAGGAGCUACAGUCGCUGAUCAAUCGUCUCAAGGAGAUCGAGCGGCACUGCCAACAGAUGGCCGUGGUCUAGGGAAACAAGCUCUUAACAUUCUUAUCGAUUAUAUUUCGCAGCAUAUAACACCAGCAUUGUCGGCUAUAUACAGUGUCGAAACGGGAAACCUAAACAGUUAACACAGUCAUCAUCGCUUAAAAGGCUACGGCAUCAUUAUUUGGAGUCUAACUCCAAUGGCAUCCACUUCGUCGACCAUCCGCGUCAUUGGGCAGCCUUGUGCGACUGCGGCAAAAUCAGCUUCAGCAGCUGCCCAUAGUGAUUCGGCGCUGUGCUGUAGAUGGUGCCCGAGAAGCGGGUGCUGUCGUUCUCCUCAGCGGAAAUCACUGUGCAACGGUUCUGUUCCGACAUCCGCAUGUUUAGACCACGGAAGCGUGAGUCCUGCCUGUACAGAUUAACCCCUUCCCGCGGUAGAAAAUACGGCCGUCCGCUAAACGGAUUGAUGAAGUCCGCCCAGUAGCCGUACGAUAGCAGGCGAUCGCUCAUCUCACGCGCUGCCAGCACAAACUGCAAAGGGAGUCGGCAUUAGUUAUGUAUGUGGUGUAUUGUAGAUAUACUCGUGUAGAUGAUACGUAAAUUCCAACAAACUAA